CGAACACGGAGUCAACAUUUUUUCUUAAGAAAAUAAAUAAUCUGUGAGCCAUUUCAGGAUCUCUGCACCUUGUCUUUUGCAUCCUCAUAUGAAAUGCAUUUUCCCCACACGUCACUCCUGUUUCCUUCUAUUCGUCGAUGUAUGCACCAGCAAUGAGUGAUUGCGCUCUGCGGUAUAUUGGAACGGGUAUCAGCCGCAUGUUCUUAUCUCUUCUCCUGCAUAAUAUCUUCACAUUUUCACGAAUGAGUAGUUGAUCAACAAAUUGGAUGAGGUGUAAAGGUCAAUUGCUAUUGCUCCACCAUAUUAAAUUUCAUUUUGAAUUUUGAGCAGUUGUUGAAUUUGGACCAUUGUAGAUGCAAUGUUUUUCCCACUUAUGAUGUCUCCUCAAUGCCGAGCUUAUACCUUAGUCAAUUCUUGGUGGCAAGGUUUUGAUCAUUUUAGUAAGAGUGGGUGUGUUAGGUUUAGAUUUAAAGUUCUUGCCUCAUGUAAAUACGGGCCAGAUGGUAGAUGUAACAGGACUGAGAAUGGAAGAGCCCCCCUAACAACCCAAGGUGAAGGGAAAACGGUGGAUAUUAUACGAAGCAAAAAAACUAUUAGAGAAGAGAUAUCAAAUGAGAUUACUACAUCUAAAGUAGAUUUAUAUAAAUCAGAAAUACCCACGCUGGAAAAAAAUGAAUACUAUGAUAUUCGGAAAAAGAUUACUGAAAAUAAAGAAUUGGCUAGUCUUAUAACUUUUAUUGCUUUUGAUAUUGAGACGACUGGGUUUAGCAGUGAGAGAUGUCGAAUAAUAGAGAUUGCAUUAAGGGACCUAGUUGGAGGUGAAAAUAGCACUUUACAGACUCUGGUCAAUCCUGGGUGUUAUGUGAAUAAUGGUUCUGUUCAUGGAAUUUCGACUCAUAUGGUCUGCAGGCCUGAUGUACCCAGGAUGGAGGACCUAAUUCCCAUCUUGUUACAAUAUGUGAGAAGCCGCCAGAAACCUGGUGGGUAUGUAGUGUGGAUUGCUCACAAUGCUCGUAGUUUCGAUGUCCCUUUUCUAAUCAACGAAUUUAGCCGAUGUUGUUACUCAAUUCCUUCAAACUGGUUGUUUAUUGACACACUUCCUCUGGCCCGUAAAGUAAUGAAGUCUGCAGGGCAUUUAGGCGCAAAGGGCCUUCCAAAAGCAUCACUGAAAGACAUGCGGGAACACUACAAGUUCCCGUUACUCGGCACAGAGCAUAGAGCAAUGGCAGACGUGAACUUGUUGGCAUUAGUUUUCCAGUCUCUAACUUUUGACCUGAAACUGACAGUACCUGACCUUGUUGGAGAGCAUUCUACUUGGUUCUCAGAAGUAGGCAAUAAUAAAGAGAGAAAAAAAUCAAGCUGAAGAAGGGUGUCCUCCCUGGUAGUGAACUGAUUGUAGAUGCUUACAAUUGUUGUAGUGUAUUUAUCUCAAUCCAUGAACUUGAAGCUUGUAAGUUGUAACCUCCAAAUAUUUUUCUCCUCUGGGAGUACAAUUGAUCAAAUUCAUCAGUCAAACCUAUUAAUCAUUUUAAGGUAAAAAUGAUUAAAAUGUAAAAUUUUUGAAUUACAAUUAUUCAAUAUAAUGUUCAGUGACUAC